AUAUGAUCAUUUUUCACUGAAGCUCUUCACUUAAGAGGAAACAGCAGCUGAUUUGUGUCAGACUAGCAGUUUACUCCAGCUGAGACCCAAGAACAACGCACAUGUUCAUAACAGAGUAAUACAAUGCAAGCCCACGAGCUGUUGAGACACUUCAGACUACCAGAGCUGGGAGAAGUUCGCCAGUAUAUGAGAACACUACCUACAAAUACAUUGAUGGGUUUUGGUGCUUUUGCUGCUCUUACCACAUACUGGUAUGCAACUAGACCCAAAGCACUGAAACCACCCUGUGACCUUGCCAUGCAAUCUGUGGAAAUUGAGGGUGGUGAACGUGCCAGGAGAUCUGCACUGCUUGACAAUGAAAAGCCCUUGGAAUACUGCUACAGCGAUGCCCAAACAGUUUAUGAAAUGUUUCUUAGGGGUUUGCGUGUAUCAGAUAAUGGUCCGUGUCUAGGGUCAAGGAAACCUAAUCAACCAUAUGAAUGGAUGUCUUAUCAGGAGGUAGCAGACAGAGCAGAAUUCUUUGGAUCAGGAUUGAUCUACAAGGGACUCAAGCCUGGGCCAGAUCAAUUUAUUGGAAUCUUUGCACAAAACAGGCCAGAGUGGACAAUUGCUGAACUUGCAUGCUAUACAUACUCCAUGGUAUCUGUACCACUAUAUGAUACUCUUGGAACAGAAGCUAUUUCUUACAUCAUUGAAAAAGCCUCAAUUUCAACUAUAGUAUGUGACAGACCAGAAAAAGUGAAGCUCCUCCUUGACUGUGCUACUGCAAAGGAUCAUAGUAUAAAAACUAUAAUUGUAAUUGACUCUUUUGAUACUGACCUGAUUGUGCAAGGCGAGAAGCAUGGAAUUGAGGUGCUUAGCAUGAAGGAAGUUGAGGAUCUUGGACAAGCAAACUGGAUGAAGCCAGUGCCCCCAAAGUCUUCUGAUCUUGCAGUUAUUUGUUUCACCAGUGGAACCACAGGAAACCCAAAAGGAGCAAUGAUCACACAUGGAAAUGUUGUAGGCAAUGCUUCUGGCUUUAUAAAAAUGACAGAGCGAUUGUUCAUGCUUACUGCUGAAGAUGUAUUAAUCUCCUUCUUGCCCCUGGCACAUAUGUUUGAACGAGUAGUAGAGUGUGUGAUUUUGUGCCAUGGAGCAAGAAUAGGCUUCUUCCAGGGUGACAUCAGGCUCCUGAUGGAUGAUCUAAAGACUUUACAGCCUACAAUAUUCCCUGUUGUACCUCGACUACUUAAUAGAAUGUUUGAUAGGAUCUUUGGCCAGGCUAACACACCUUUGAAGCGAUGGAUUCUUGACUUUGCCUCCAAGCGGAAAGAAGCAGAGCUGAGAAGUGGAGUUGUGCGGAGUGACAGUAUGUGGGAUAAACUAAUCUUCAGUAAAGUUCAAGCAAGUUUAGGUGGUAAAGUAAGGCUGAUGAUAACUGGAGCUGCUCCCGUAUCACCUACAGUUUUGACCUUCCUCAGGGCAGCCCUGGGCUGCCAGUUUUAUGAAGGAUAUGGCCAGACUGAGUGCACAGCAGGUUGUACACUGACUCUACCUGGAGAUUGGACUGCUGGUCAUGUUGGUGCUCCAAUGCCAUGUAGUGUCUUAAAGCUGGUUGAUGUUCCAGACAUGAAUUAUUUUUCUGCUAAUGGAGAGGGUGAGGUCUGUGUUCGAGGGCCCUGUGUGUUUAAAGGUUACCUUAAUGACCCAGAGAAAACUGCCGAAGCUCUUGAUAAAGAUGGUUGGCUUCACACUGGGGACAUUGGGAAGUGGUUGCCAAAUGGAACAUUGAAGAUUAUUGAUAGGAAAAAGCACAUAUUUAAAUUGGCCCAAGGAGAAUACAUAGCCCCAGAGAAAAUUGAGAAUAUUUACUUGCGAAGUGAGCCUGUUGCCCAGAUAUUUGUCCAUGGAGACAGCCUGCAGGCGUGCCUUGUAGCAAUUGUUGUACCAGAUUUUGAGGUUUUUCCUGAGUGGGCUAAGAAGAAGGGGUUUGAAAGUUCAAUGGCAGAACUCUGUAAACAAAAGGAGUUAAAGAAUGCAAUAUUGGAAGAUUUAAGUAGACUUGGAAAAAGUGCAGGACUAAAGUCUUUUGAACAGGUGAAAGAUAUAGCUCUUCAUCCUGAACUGUUCUCCAUUGAGAAUGGCCUCUUAACUCCAACUCUAAAGGCAAAAAGAGAUGCUCUGAGAAAUUUCUUCAGGGAACAGAUUGAUGAAUUAUACUCCAAUUUAAAAAUAUAGUUAAAUCUGCUUAAAGGAAAAAUAUGCUUAAGAGAAGUCUGUAAUGAUUAAACAGUGGCUUGCAUAUGAACAGUUGCUCAUAAGAAUCUUUUCAACAGAAGCAAAGCAAAAAAAUGCCUUACCAAACCAUGUACAGUUUUGUCUGUUAACCAUUGAAAUGCCUUGUCUGUUAAGAUAAGUGGGGUUUUCAGUUAGCAUUUAUGUAGGAUCAGUUAAUUAUCUGUAAACCCUUUUAAGAUCUUCAUCACAAUGUGAUAUUUUGGUUCUACUAUAGCAGAUCAACAGCUUUUGCAUUUUUAGGAAUUGCUUUACUUGACUUCCAUCCCUUAUUCUUAUUGUAGUAUCAGAGAAGCAGUUAUUUGUUUUUAAAUCUAUUCAAGGGCCUUUUGUGCAUAAACAUUGCUGCAUUAAUGUUGCCACCAUGAGUUCUACUUUUAAUAAGAUUUAAUAACCAUGGGUGUUGAGUGUUCAGAAGACUAGUGUGUAAAUAACUAUACAUUAGAAAUGUAAUUUUUGUCUGUUUAAAAUAUUUUGUAAUCAACUAUUUAAUGACAUUUGAAAGUGACAAUGACCUAUUCAUGCAUUCCUGUAUGACGUGCAUGUUUUGGACCUAUUGCACAGGUGGAGUGGGAUCUGCAAAUGUAAUGCAAUUUGUUUGGUUCAUAUGUAAAUGUGCACACAUGGGGAACCACUAGUUAUACUAUUUAUGUGUCCACUAAUUUUAUAUACAAGUAAGGGAGUGAAUUCUUAAAGCACAACAAAUUGCACUGGGAUAUACAAUAUGUACAUAGUUUUCAGAGAAUGAAUUAAGCUUUCUUCACUUGCACAACUGCUGGCUUUAAUUUUAUGUGCACAAAAAUAAAGAUUAACACUAAAUUGGACACAAGGGUACUAAAUUUAUAUGGCUGCUUUAAUGUCUUGGGCUUUGUAUGUAUGUUUUGUAAAAAAUAUGAUGGCAGAUUUCCAAAAAAAAGAAAAUGUGAAAAAUACCAAAUAUUUUAUCUGUCUGACUUUUUAGCUGCACGUUCUUUGAGAAAAUAAACUUUGCACUGUGGGAAAUGUUUGUUUUUAAAUGAGGGUUUGGUUCAUAAUGGUCAAUUAUUUAAAUAAGAGCCCUAACUUGUGAUAUUAUUGGUAAAUCAUCUGUGCUUCUGUAACAGACAAACUGAAAAUUCUUUGCUGAGUAAAAUCAAAUAAAUUAAGCCAUGCACUUGUAUCUUU